UGCAGCUCUUUUCCAACCGGACCGGUUCAGGAAACACGCGAGGCAACUUCAGAGGCGUGUGACAGAAGUUUCAAUAUUUCAUCAUAUAGUUGCUGGAUUAACAGCCAUUAUGGGAGAUCCUAUAACCGAAUAUACAGCUCGACUCCUACGACAGGAGAAUGAAAUAAGAGCUCUCUCUGCUGAGAUCGAGAGCUUGAAGAACCCAGCGACGUUGGGUAUUCCCAAUCACACGGAAGAGCUGAGGGAAGAGAACACCAAACUCAAGUACCGCCUCAACAUCCUGAAACGAAGCCUGCAGGAGGAGAGGAUGGAGUGCACCAAGACCAUGAUGAACAUAAACCUGCGGCUCCAGGAGAUCUUCGGGGAGGCCAUCCACGCCGCCUGUCCAGAGCUGGAGAGCCCUCCUCUGGCCGUCACUCCCAGCCAGCAGGCUAAGCUUGCAGACUACCAGUGCAACAGUGCCAUGGGUAUGGCUCAGAUGCUGAAGGCUAAGGGGGUGAAGGUCAAUCCCAGGGAGAUUGCAGAGAAGAUUGUCCAGAACAUUCCGGACAAUGAGUUGAUCCAGAGCACUGAUAUUGCUGGUCCAGGGUUCAUUAAUAUCCACCUGAAGAAGGCUUUUGUGUCCAAGCUGCUGACCAACCUGCUAGUGAAUGGUGUGCAGCCGCCUCCUCUGGAGUCCAGGAAGAAGGUUGUCGUGGAUUUCUCCUCGCCCAACAUCGCUAAAGAGAUGCACGUGGGUCACCUGCGUUCCACCAUCAUCGGUGACAGCAUGUGCCGCCUGUUUGAGUUCCUGGGCUACGAGGUGGUGAGGUUGAACCAUGUGGGAGACUGGGGCACUCAGUUUGGGAUGCUGAUUGCUCACCUGCAGGACAAGUUCCCCAACUACCUCACCAGCUGCCCUCCCAUCGGAGACCUCCAGGCCUUCUACAAGGAGUCUAAAAAGCGCUUCGAUGGGGAGGAGGACUUCAAGAAGAGGGCCUACCAGUGCGUGGUGAAACUACAGAGCAAAGAGCCGGAAUUCAUCAAGGCGUGGAACCUCAUCUGUGAUGUGUCCAGGAAAGAGUUCCAGAAGGUGUACGACUGCCUGGACGUCUCCUUGGAGGAGCGGGGCGAGUCCUUCUACCAGAACAUGAUGACCGAGGUGGUCAAGGAGUUUGAACAGAGAGGGCUUGUUGAGAUGGACGAGGGCAGGAAGAUUGUCUUUGCCCCGGGUCAGUCCAUCCCCCUGACGGUGGUGAAGUCUGACGGCGGCUACACCUACGACACCUCCGACCUUGCCGCCCUUCGUCACCGUCUAUUUGUGGAGAAGGCCGACAUCAUCAUCUAUGUGACGGACAGCGGACAGGGCGUCCAUUUCCAAGUUGUGUUUGCCAGCGCACAGAUGAUUGGUUGGUACGACCCCAAAGUAACACGAGUGGAACACGCUGGCUUCGGAGUGGUUCUGGGAGAGGACAAGAAGAAGUUUAAGACCCGCUCGGGGGACACGGUGAGACUGAUGGACCUCCUGGAUGAAGGGCUGAAGAGAAGUAUGGACAAACUUAAGGACAAAGAGAGAGACAAGGUCUUGACUCCAGAGGAGUUGACAAAGGCCCAGACGGCCGUGGCGUUCGGCUGCAUCAAAUACGCCGACCUGUCCCACAACCGCAUCAAUGACUACGUCUUCUCCUUCGACAAGAUGCUGGAUGACCGGGGCAACACGGCCGCCUACCUGCUCUACGCCUUCACCAGAAUCAGGUCUAUUGCACGCCUGGCCAACAUUGACGAGGGGACGUUGCGGAAGGCUGCGGAGAGCACGGAGGUGCUGCUGGACCACGAGCGGGAGUGGAAGCUGGGCAAGUGCAUCCUGCGCUUCCCAGAGAUCCUGCAGAAGAUCCUGGACGACCUACUGCUGCACACUCUCUGUGACUACCUCUACGAGCUCGCAACCACCUUCACAGAGUUCUACGAUGUCUGUUACUGCGUGGAGAAAGACCGACAGACAGGUGAGGUGGUGAAGGUUAAUAUGUGGAGGAUGCUGCUAUGUGAGGCUACAGCUGCUAUCAUGGCCAAAGGCUUCGACAUCCUGGGCAUCACUCCAGUGCAGAGGAUGUGAACAGUGGAACCUCAGAACAGUGGAACUUCAGAACGACCUUGUUCAAGCCCGACACAUGCCCUUCUUCAGCUGUAGGUGACCAAUAGGAUGGCCUGUCGACAACACGGCACAAACCUUUUUAUCACCUGUAAUGUUCUUCAGGAUGUUACCAUAACAAAUAAAACUUGUCAGAAAAGGAAACCGAUUCACUGCUGGAAAAGGAAAAAAAAAUGAUGUGGACCCUUUGUUUCAUAAUUUAUACAAUUCAGCAUUAAAGGGCAAUUCUGAUUAUUGUCA